AUGAGCGAUGGCUCUGCCGACAGCGCUGUGCGCAGGGAUGGCACUGAGCAGGCCCUGAGCUUUUUGGUCCUACACAGUGUGCCAGCGGCAUUGCGGGGAGCUGAGUGUGGGUGGGGUGUGCAAGUAGCUCCCCUGACUGGAGGGUCCCAUCACCACGCUGUGCCCCUUUGCAGGUUUGUGAUCCAGCUGCUGGAGGACUUGGUGUUUUUCGUCAGUGAUGUCCCAAACAAUGGCCAGAAUGUUCUGGACAUUGUGGUGACCAAACCCAACCGGGAAAGGCAAAAGCUCAUGCGGGAGCAGAACAUCCUGAAGCAGAUCUUUGGGAUCCUGAAAGCCCCCUUCAAGGACAAAGGUGGGGAAGGGCCCCUGGUGCGGCUGGAGGAGCUGUCGGACCAGAAGAAUGCUCCCUACCAGUACAUGUUCCGGCUGUGCUACCGUGUGCUCCGGCACUCCCAGGAGGACUACCGCAAGAACCAGGAGCACAUAGCCAAGCAGUUCGGCAUGAUGCAGUCCCAGAUUGGCUACGACAUCCUGGCUGAGGACACCAUCACAGCUCUGCUGCACAACAACCGCAAGCUGCUGGAGAAGCACAUCACCAAGACCGAGGUGGAGACCUUCGUCAGCCUGGUGCGCAAGAACCGUGAGCCACGGUUUUUGGACUACCUCUCAGACCUGUGCGUGUCCAACCACAUCGCCAUCCCCGUCACCCAGGAGCUGAUCUGCAAGUGUGUGCUGGACCCGAAGAACAGUGACAUCCUCAUCAAAACAGAGCUGAGGCCGGUGAAGGAGAUGUCCCAGACCCACGAGUACCUGAGCAUCGAGUACUCAGAGGAGGAGGUCUGGCUCACCUGGACAGACAAAAACAAUGAUCACCAUGAGAAAAGCAUCCGGCAGCUGGCGCAGGAGGCCCGGGCUGGCAAUGCCCAUGAUGAGAAUGUCCUCAGCUACUACAGGUACCAGCUGAAGCUCUUUGCUCGCAUGUGUCUGGACCGCCAAUACUUGGCCAUCAAGGAGAUCUCCCAGCAGCUGGGCGUGGACCUGAUCUUCCUCUGCAUGGCAGAUGAAAUGCUGCCCUUCGAUCUCCGAGCAUCCUUCUGCCACCUCAUGCUGCACGUGCACGUGGACAGGGACCCUCAGGAGCUGGUGAUGCCCGUGAAGUUUGCACGGCUCUGGACUGAGAUCCCCACCGCCAUCACUAUCAAAGACUACGACUCCAACCUCAACGCCUCACGUGACGACAAGAAAAACAAGUUUGCCAGCACCAUGGAGUUUGUGGAGGACUACCUCAACAACGUGGUGAGCGAGGCAGUGCCCUUUGCCAACGAGGAGAAGAACAAGCUCACCUUCGAGGUCGUCAGCCUUGCCCACAACCUCAUCUACUUUGGCUUCUACAGCUUCAGUGAGCUGCUGCGCCUGACGCGCACGCUGUUGGGCAUCAUCGACUGUGUCCAAAACCCCCAGCUGAUGAUGCAGGCGGUCUACAGUGAUGAGGUGACGGGGAAGAAUGUGAGGAGAUCAAUCCAGGGUGUUGGACAGAUGAUGUCCACGAUGGUGCUGAGCAGGAAACAGUCUAUCUUCAGCCCUCCAAGCCUCAGUGCUGGCUCUACCCCAGAGCCUGUGGACAGGGGGAGGAGCGUCGAAAAUGAGAACAUUGUGGUGAUGGAGACCAAGUUGAAGAUCCUGGAGAUCUUGCAGUUCAUCCUGAAUGUGCGGCUGGACUACAGGAUUUCCUACCUGCUUUCUGUCUUCAAGAAAGAGUUUGUGGAAGUCUACCCCAUGCAGGACAGCGCGGCUGAUGGGACGGCUCCAGCCUUUGACUCCACAACUGCAGCAAUGAACUUGGACCGGAUCGGCGAGCACGCAGAGGCCAUGUUUGGUGUGGGGAAGACGAGCAGCAUGCUGGAGGUGGAUGACGAGGGAGGGAGGAUGUUCCUGCGGGUGCUGAUCCACCUGACAAUGCACGACUACCCACCACUCAUCUCCGGCUCCUUGCAGCUCCUCUUCAAGCAUUUCAGCCAGAGGCAGGAGGUCUUGCACACCUUCAAGCAGGUUCAGCUCCUGAUCUCAGCCCAGGAUGUGGAGAACUACAAGGUGAUCAAGUCAGAGCUGGACAAACUGCGCACCAUGGUGGAGAAAUCAGAGCUGUGGGUGGACAAGAAAGGCAGCGUCAAAGGAGACAGCAAUGUGGAUGGGAACAAGAAGGAGAAGAAAGAGCACACUGCUGAUGAAGAGGUCAUUGCUCCAGGAGAGAAGAGCAGCGAGAACUAUCAGAUAGUCAAGGGGAUCCUAGAGCGGCUGAAUAAGAUGUGCGGAGUUGGAGAGCAAGUGCGCAAGAAGCAGCAGCGCCUGCUGAAGAACAUGGAUGCCCACAAAGUGAUGCUGGAUCUGCUGCAGAUCCCUUAUGAGAAGGGUGAUGCCAAGAUGAUGGAGAUCCUCAAGUUCACCCAUCAGUUCCUGCAGAAGUUUUGUGCUGGUAAUCAGGAAAACCAGGCUCUGCUGCACAAACACCUCAACCUGUUCCUGACCCCAGGGCUCCUGGAGGCUGAGACAAUGCAGCACAUCUUCCUCAACAACUACCAACUCUGCUCAGAGAUCAACGAGACGGUGCCACAGCACUUCAUCCACUGCGUGGCCACCCAUGGCCGCCAUGUGCAGUACCUGGACUUCCUGCACACCAUCAUCAAGGCCGAGGGCAAGUACGUCAAGAAGUGUCAGGACAUGAUCAUGACCGAGCUCACCAAUGCUGGGGACGAUGUGGUUGUUUUCUACAAUGACAAGGCAUCGCUGGCCACCUUGCUGGAGAUGAUGACAGCAGCCAGGGAUGGGGUGGAGGAGAACAGCCCGCUGAUGUACCACAUCUCGUUGGUGGACCUGCUGGCCGCGUGCGCUGAGGGCAAGAACGUCUACACUGAGAUCAAGUGUACGUCCCUGCUGCCCUUAGAGGACGUGGUGAGGGUGGUGACCCACGAGGACUGCAUCACGGAGGUGAAGAUGGCCUAUGUGAACUUUGUUAACCACUGCUACGUGGACACAGAGGUGGAGAUGAAAGAGAUCUACACCAGCAACCACAUCUGGACUCUGUUUGAGAACUUCACCCUGGACAUGGCCCAGAUGUGCAAAAAGCGAGAAAAGCGCCUACCAGACCCCACUCUGGAGAAGUACGUGCUGACAGUGGUGCUGGACACCAUCAAUGCAUUCUUCAGCUCUCCCUUCUCGGAGAACAGCACCUCACUGCAGACCCACCAGACCAUUGUGGUGCAGCUUCUCCAGUCCACCAUGAGGCUGCUGGAGUGCCCCUGGCUGCAGCAGCAGCACAAGAGCUCAGUGGAGGCCUGCAUCCGAACACUGGCGAUGGUCGCCAAGAGCCGCUCCAUCGCGCUGCCCAUGGACCUGGAUGCCCACGUCAGCUCCCUGCUCAACAGCAGCUCCACCAGCACCGUGCAGAGGAACACGUCCAGCUACAAGACGGCCACGCGGACCUUCCCCCGCGUCUCCACCACCCCCAACCAGUGGGAUUACAAGAACAUCAUAGAGAAGCUGCAGGACAUCAUUAAUGCUCUGGAGGACCGCUUGAAACCGCUUGUGGAGGCUGAGCUAUCUGUGCUGGUGGAUGUCCUCCACCGGCCAGAGCUGCUCUUCAUGGAGGGCACGGAGGCGUAUCAGCGAUGCGAGAGUGGAGGUUUCCUGUCCAAGUUGGUGCAGCACACCAAAGACCUGAUGGAGACGGAGGAGAAGCUGUGCAUCAAGGUGUUACGGACGCUGCAGCAGAUGCUGGUGAAGAGGAACAAGUAUGGUGAGAGGGGCAACCUGCUGCGGAAAAUGCUCCUGAACAAUUACCUGCAGAACAAGAAGUCCAGCUCCAAAGGGGAAAUCGUGGAUGCUGCUGGGGGAGGCCAGGACCAGGACUGGUCUGCUAUUGCUGCUGUCCAGUGCCGGCUGGACCGAGAAGGAGCCACCAAGCUGGUGGCUGACCUCAUCAUGAACACCAAGAACGAGAAGAUCUUCCAGGAGAGCAUCCUGCUUGCCAUUCGGCUGCUGGAUGGGGGCAACACCGAGAUCCAGAAAUCCUUUUACAACCUGAUGACGAGUGACAAGAAGUCCGAGAAAUUCUUCAAAGUUUUACACGACCGGAUGAAGAAAGCUCAGCAAGAGACCAAGUCGACGGUGUCUGUGAACAUGAGUGACAUUGGGAACAAACCUCGUGAGGACAAAGACGAGCCUGACCCUGGCACCAAAGGACGAGGAGAGACCUUCAUGAUGCCUGGCACCCCCUCCCGAUACCCGCUGGCCUUAGGGUUUCGGAAGGGCCACGACACUGGGGAGCAGGGGCAGAACAAUGAGAUGGGGGUGACGGUCCUGAUUAUGGAGCCUAUCCUGCGAUUCCUCCAACUGCUGUGUGAGAACCACAACCGAGACCUUCAGAAUUUCCUGCGGUGCCAAAACAACAAGACCAACUACAACCUGGUGUGUGAGACACUGCAGUUCCUUGACAUCAUGUGUGGCAGCACCACGGGGGGGCUGGGGCUGCUGGGCCUCUACAUCAACGAGUACAACGUGGCCCUCAUCACCCAGACCCUGGAGACCCUGACUGAGUACUGCCAAGGGCCCUGCCAUGAGAACCAGAGCUGCAUCGUGACCCAUGAGUCCAAUGGGAUUGACAUCAUCACAGCCCUCAUCCUCAACGACAUCAGCCCCCUCUGCAAGUACCGGAUGGACCUGGUCCUGCAGCUGAAGGACAACGCCUCCAAGCUCCUCUUGGCCCUCAUGGAGAGCAGGCAUGACAGUGAGAACGCUGAGCGGAUCCUCAUCAGCCUCCGCCCACAGGAACUGGUCGACGUGAUUAAGAAGGCCUAUCUGCAGGAGGAAGAGUGUGAAAACGCUGAGGUCUCCCCUCGGGAAGUUGGCCACAACAUUUAUAUACUGGCACUGCAGCUGUCCCGACACAACAAGUCUCUGCAGCAGCUCCUGAAGCCGGUGAAGCGAAUCCAGGAGGAAGAGGAGGAGGGCAUCUCAUCCAUGCUCAGCCUCAAUAACAAGCAGCUGACGCAGAUGCUGAAGUCGACGGCCCCAGUCCAGGAGGAGGAGGAGGACCCGCUGGCGUACUACGAGAAGCACACGUCCCAGAUUGAGAUUGUGCGCCUGGACCGCAGCAUGGAGCAGAUAAUCUUCCCAGUGCCUGGCAUCUGCGAGUUCCUCACCAAGGAGACCAAGUACCGACUCUUCACCACGACAGAGCAGGACGAGCAGGGCAGCAAAGUCAGUGAUUUCUUCGACCAGUCGUCCUUCCUCCACAAUGAGAUGGAGUGGCAGAAGAAACUGCGCAGCAUGCCGCUGAUGUACUGGUUCUCCCGCAGAAUGACUCUCUGGGGAAGCAUUUCCUUCAACCUGGCUGUCUUCAUCAACAUAAUCAUUGCUUUCUUCUACCCUUAUGUUGAAGCCACUUCCAUGGGAGUGCUGGAUUCCCCAUUGAUCUCACUGCUCUUCUGGAUUCUGAUCUGCUUCUCCAUCAUGGCCCUGUUCACCAAGCGGUACGGUGUCAGACCGCUGCUGGUGGCCCUGAUCUUGCGAUCAAUUUAUUACUUAGGGAUUGGACUCACACUGAACAUCCUGGGAGCUCUCAAUCUGACCAACAAGAUUGUGUUUGUGGUGAGCUUCGUGGGUAACCGUGGGACCUUCAUCCGAGGCUACAAGGCCAUGAUCAUGGACGUGGAGUUCCUUUACCACGUUGGCUACAUCCUGACGAGCGUCCUGGGGCUCUUUGUGCACGAACUCUUCUACAGCAUCCUGCUGUUUGACUUGAUCUACCGCGAGGAGACCUUGUUUAAUGUCAUCAAGAGCGUGACGCGCAACGGGCGCUCCAUCCUGCUGACUGCCCUCCUGGCGCUCAUCCUUGUCUACCUCUUCUCCAUCGUGGGCUUCUUGUUCCUGAAGGAUGACUUCAUCCUGGAGGUGGACCGGCUGCCGGAUAGCAAAGCCCAAGAUGACCCCUUGGGGAUGCAUAGGAACAUGGAGACCUUCAUGGAGUCCUGCAGUGGUGACAAAAUUAGCUGCUCCGCUGAGCCCACUGCCUUGCAAGAAGCAGACACUGACCAGUGGGAACGAGCCUGUGACACGCUGCUCAUGUGCAUUGUCACUGUCCUGAACCACGGCCUGAGGAAUGGAGGGGGUGUAGGGGACAUUCUGCGCAAGCCAUCGAAGGAUGAGUCCUUGUUUCCUGCUCGGGUUGUCUACGACCUCCUCUUUUUCUUCAUUGUCAUUAUCAUCGUCCUGAACCUCAUCUUCGGGGUCAUUAUUGACACCUUUGCUGAUCUGAGGAGCGAGAAGCAAAAGAAAGAAGAAAUACUGAAGACCACUUGUUUCAUAUGUGGACUCGAGCGGGACAAGUUUGACAACAAGACAGUGUCCUUUGAGGAGCAUAUUAAGUACGAGCACAACAUGUGGAACUACUUGUACUUCAUAGUGCUGGUGCGAGUGAAAAACAAGACAGACUACACAGGUCCUGAGAGCUACGUGGCUCAGAUGAUAAAGAACAAGAACCUAGACUGGUUCCCCCGGAUGCGAGCCAUGUCGCUGGUCAGCAAUGAAGGGGAAGGGGAACAGAACGAGAUCCGAAAUCUUCAAGACAAACUCAACUCAACCAUGAAGCUGGUGUCCCAUCUCACCUCCCAGCUGAAUGAGCUGAAGGAACAGAUGACAGAGCAAAGGAAGCGCAGACAAAGGAUGGGGUUUGUGGAUGUCCAGAAUACCAUGAACCACUAAGACACAGAAAAAGGAUCAGCUUCACCCCCUGAAGGACUAAACAUACCUAUCAGAUGAUGAGGCUGCUUAUCC